AUGUUCGCCUCCGCGUUCGCCGCGCGGUUCCUCCUCGCCUUCGUGUUCCUCGUCUCCGCGCUGAACAAGCUCCACGCGAUCGCGCACGACGACGCCGGCGCGACGCUCGCGACGCUCGCGCCGCGCCUCCUCGCGGCGAAAGAAGCGAUCCGCGCGCGUUCGGGGCUCGACUGCGACUCGGUGCUCCCGCUCUCGGACGCGCAGUACCUCUCCGUCGCGACCGCGAUGGAGCUCGUGGGCGCGGUGCUGUUCAUCGCGGACGUGAGCGUCGGCGCGAAGAUGCUCGCCGCGUUCACGAUCGUCGUGACGCCGGUGAUGCACCCGUACUGGACGAUGGCGCGCGACGGCGACGACGACGCGUCGGCGGCGGCGUCCGCGGCGUACGAGGUCGAAGUCGUGAUGUUCUGGAAGAACGUCAGCAUGCUCGGGGGGUUGCUCACGUAUCUCGCGAUGAAGCCCGCGGUGUUGAAUCAGCGGGGGGUGGGGGUGAGGAGGAAGCGGCGGGGCGCGAGCGCGAAGACGGAGUAG